UCAGAACCAGAAUGUUCAAUUUCUUUCUCUCUCUUAUCUCUCUCCUAAAUCCAUUCCAAUGUUUGUCAACGAAGACCAAUAGUGUUUGAUCCUCUGCACCUACGGAAGGAAAUUUCUUCAAUUCAGAUCAUGUCAACCCCAUUGGAGAGGUACCAAAAACUUGGCCUAAUCGAGUCUCUACCAAAAAUCUACAAAUACCCAAUUGCGUGCAAAGAGCUAAGCUUUAUUCUGAGAGAGGCUUAUCAUCAAUUUCCCAAGAAUUUGCAAGCCAUCAUUUUCCAAGACACUCUCUCAGCCUUCCGUCUCCUUCCAGAAAUACAGACUCAGAGUGCUGUUUCAGCAGUCCAUUUCCUUCUUCAGAGUGUAGAAGCUGCCCUUCCAAAGCAAAAAAGGAAUAUGGCUGUCACAGAAUUUAAGCAUGCAAUGGUUGCUCAUAAAAGGCGCUGUAAAUCUCACCAGGUAGAAAAAGGUUCAUUCCAACUGCCACAGGAUAUUCUUGUGCAUAUUUUCAGUUUUCUAGAUAUGAAAUCUUUGGUCUCAGUGGGGCUAGUUUGUUGGUCAUGGAACUUAGCUGCAAAUGAUAACCAUCUGUGGGAGUUGCAGUAUGAUGUAUUGUAUGGUAGUGCUGCUAAACAGCAGCCUGUGAGACUGGUUGAAGACAGGAACGAUAGGCUUUUACAGGAACCCAAAGAUACUAGAACCAUUACUGACUGGAAAGGGGCUGUUAAAGGAGCAUAUACUGGAGCAUUAUCUAAGAAAUUAACAACCAAUCGGGGAUACUGUGGACACUGCAAAACAGUAGUUUGGCUAAAUAACUCAAAAUGCCCCAAUGUACAUUGUGGAAUGAUAUCUGAAAUUCAAGAUAUCAAGCCUGUAACAGCAUUCCAGGUUGUGGAAUAUCUUCUAGAUGAUUCUGUAAACAUAACAUCUUCCUCAGACAGUGACAGUGAUUCAGAAGGAGGACCAGUUUCUAGGUUAUGGGCAUAUCCCAAGCAUAUAAGAAAAUAACUGGGGACAGCUUUUGUAUUGAUGCAAAUCUAUGAUUAUGAUCAUUCUGUUCUUUUGAGAUAUUUCAGGUAGCGUGCAGAAUAAAAUUAUUUUUCUUAUUAAGUAGAUGGUGUCCUUUUCUCUAGUAAGAAAAAAUCGAGUUGAUUGCCACAUUGGCAUAAUAGGAAUUGGAUUGCAGAUGUAUCAUCAUCCCAUCCUUUAUCCAAAGUCAUCUCUAGUAGAAGUAUCUCCGACGAUAUAGGCUUUGAAAAGUAGUUU